UCCAGAAUUAACUUAAUUAAUGAAACCAUAAUAAGACACGUCUACGGAUCCCUUUGCAUUUGCCUUCAAUCCUCAAAAUAUUGAAAAUACUGUCAAUAAGGCUAAGAAUACAUUAGAUAAUCCCUUAUUUGGGAUGGCUUAUGCAAACUUUGGAAAGUAAAUGAAACUAAUAAUAAAGAAAAUUUUCUGGUAUUGGAGAUAAAUAUGAUUCAUUUCUUAAUAAAAUAUUCAGCAGUCAAUAUAGAUUUUAUUUUGAUGUAGACAACAUGUAUGUUGUUAAGAAAUCGAUCAUGACAAUUGCACCUUAUCUUUAUAGGGGAAAUUGGACUUUAAGUAGUAUUUCUUGUAUAAAUUACAGACAGUGAAUUUUAAGCAAUUUCACCUACAGAGAAUGUUCAUGCUCCUGAUCUCUAUUUACCUUUGAUGAGUCUAAUCACUUUUGUUUUACUUAGGUGUUUAAGUUUAGGAAUUUACGAUAAGUCAUCAUUUAAUCCAGGCUAUAUAGUUGAAUCAUUUUGGAAAUGCUUUGUUAUUUCCCUUUUGGAGUUAAUAAUUAUCAAAAUUGUUUUUUGUUUUAUGGAUGGAAUUAGGGUUAAUACUGUCGAUCUUAUUUCACAUUUAAAUUAUAGAUAUUGCAGGUAUUUCUAAUCACAAUUAUUAGUCUAUGUGCCCUUAUGAUAUUCAACAUUCUGACUAAUAACCUUUUUUCAUUUUUUUGCACUAUAUAUGUAUUAAUUUGUUAAGCUAUCUUUGUUUACAAAACUUUACAAAGAUAUAGUCCCUCACAUAAUUAGAGUGCUCUUGGUAUUAAUAUAUAUCAUAAUAUAGAACUGAGUAGUUUUGGCUCCAAUAUAACAUUAUUAUUAUCAUUGUUACAGCCAUCUUGUUCUUGGAUUCUAUUAUCCUUUGGUUAAUGAAAU